GAGACUAGACGAAGAAAACUUGCAUUUAUGCUCCCACUACUCUAACCCAGUAACACUAACAUUAACACUAGUAGUGAUUUGUGAACGUCUAUUUUACAUUCCUAUAAAAGCAACAACUCCCCCCUAAAAAAAAUCCAUUACUCUCACACUCUUUUUCUCUCUCCUCGCUUUCUCCCCAUCUUCCCUGCUUUUUCGCUUCAAUUUCCUCCCUCAUUCUUUCUCUCUCCUCUCACUUUAACUUCCAUUGUUAAACCUUCACUCCCACACUUUCCACUUCUCGUCACAUCUAACAUUACCGAUGUCGUACCGCGGUGGUAGCAGCGGCGGUGGUCGCGGAGGUUACGACUCCGGCGGAAGAGGACGUGGCGGUUACUCCGGCGAAACAGGCGGAAGAGGUCGCGGCGGAGAUUACGGCGGAAGAGGCGGUGGUGGUCGCGGUGAUUUUGGUGGUGGUCGUGGUGGUGGUGGUGGACGCGGUGAUUAUGGCGGUGGUCGUGGUGGUGGUGGACGCGGUGAUUUUGGAGGAAGAGGUGGUGGUCGUGGUGGUGGAGGAGGAAGAGGUCCAAAUGUAGGAAUUAUGACGAAACAAACAUGGAUUAAUGCUGCUGGGGAUAAUAGUGGUGGUGAUGUGAGUAAAAAGAUGGAAGGACUUGCUAUAACUUCUUCGUCUUCUAAAUCCGUAAUGCCUCCUAAGAGACCUGGUUUUGGAACAACUGGUGUUAAAACUGUUGUUAGAGCCAAUCACUUCCUUGUUCAACUUGCUGAACGCGAUUUUCAUCAUUAUGAUGUUGCAAUUACUCCCGAAAUUACUAGUAAGAAUUUCAGCCGAGAGAUACUGAACAAGUUAGUCCAGGAUCACAAGGCAUUCUUGGGGAAACGGAUUCCGGCAUAUGAUGGCAAGAAGAGCCUCUAUACUGCAGGUCCUUUGCCGUUCACAUCAAAGGAAUUUGUUGUUGACAUUGUACGAGAAAGAAGAGGCGAGAGGGAGGUUCAGAAAUUCCAGGUAGCCAUCAAAUUUGCUGCUAAGGUUGAUAUUCAUCAUUUGCAAGAGUAUCUUUCUGGUCGGGUAUCUGAGUCUGCACAAGAUGUCAUCCAAGUGCUUGAUGUUGUGCUACGUGCAGCUAAGCCUCUCCAGGACUAUGUUAUGAUUGGGAGAUCAUUCUUCUCUGUUUCGCUUGGUACGGGGCGCCUUGCUGAUGGUGUAGAAUUCUGGAGGGGUUACUAUCAGAGCAUUCGGCCGACUCAGAUGGGCCUGUCUUUGAAUAUAGAUGCAUCUGCUCGGCCAUUUUAUGAGCCGUUAAUGGUUCAUGAGUAUGUUCAGGAGUACUUGAAUUUGAGAGACCUCGCCCGGCCUCUUUCUGAUGCCCAACGUGUGAAGGUCAAGAGGGUGUUGAAAGGUAUCACUGUGGAAACAAGUCAUCUGAGCUACAAAAAAUGCUACAAAGUCAUUGGUCUGUCAAAUGAACCAGCAAACCAGCUGAAGUUUACACAAGACAAUGUAGAGCUGUCCGUUGCCCAAUAUUUCAAAGACAAGUAUAGUAUCCCGCUUCGAUAUCCUUCUUUACCGUGCAUCCAAAUUGGGCAGCCCAAGCGGGCUACCUAUCUCCCUAUGGAGGUCUGCUUGAUUGCUCAUGGACAGAAGUAUCUUAAGAAGUUGAAUGAUAGGCAGGUGACUGCUCUUCUUAAGGCAACCUGCCAACGACCCCAUGAAAGGGAAAAUAAUAUUAAGAAGAUGGUGAAGGACAAUAGGUACUCUGAAAGUCAGAUGGUCAAGCAGGAGUUUGGAAUGAAUAUUUCUGAAGCGUGUACAACUAUUGAUGCUCGAGUGUUGCCUCCACCAAUGCUCAAGUAUCAUGAUAGUGGGAAGGACCGAGAAGUUGCUCCUGGGGUGGGCCAGUGGAAUAUGAUCGAUAAGAAAAUGUAUACUGGUGCUACUGUGAAUCGUUGGGCAUGCCUGAAUUUCUCAAGCCUGGAUCCAGGUUUAGUGCAAUAUUUCUGCCAGGAUCUGGUUGCCAUGUGCGCUAGCAAGGGAAUGACCUUCUGUCAGAGCCCAUGUAUCCCUAUACGCUCAGCACAUCCCACCCAGAUUGAGAAAACUCUCACAGAAGUAUUUUCCAAGGCCCAAAAUAAGUUAGACCUGCUGAUCAUAGUCUUGCCAGAUGCUACUGGAUCUUAUGGAACAAUCAAAAGAAUAUGUGAAACUGAGUUGGGGAUAGUCUCCCAGUGUUGCCAACCUAAGCAGGCUGCAAAGAACAGCAAGCAAUACCUGGAGAACGUUGCAUUAAAAAUCAAUGUGAAGGCUGGGGGAAGAAAUACUGUUUUAAUUGAUGCCAUUCAGAGAAAUAUUCCUCUCUUGACUGAUCGUCCUACAAUCAUUUUUGGUGCUGAUGUUACACAUGCUCCGCCUGGGGAGGAUUCUAGUGCCUCAAUUGCAGCGGUGGUUGCUUCCAUGGACUGGCCAGAAGUGACAAAGUACAAGGGGCUAGUUUGUGCGCAGGGUCAUAGAGAAGAAAUUAUCCAGGAUCUGUACAAAAUUGUUGAUGAUCCACAGAGGGGAAAAGUACAUAGUGGGAUGAUCAGAGAACUGCUGAUAUCUUUCUUGAAAUCAACUGGACAGAAACCACACAGGAUCAUCUUCUACAGGGAUGGAGUUAGUGAAGGACAAUUCUCUCAAGUUCUGCUGCAUGAGAUGGUUGCUAUACGGAAGGCCUGCGAAUCCUUGGAAGUGGGUUAUGCACCACGUAUUACAUUUGUGGUCGUGCAAAAGCGACAUCACACCCGUCUUUUUGCAGCUGAUCAAAGUAUGACCGACAGAAGCGGCAACAUCUUGCCAGGUACGGUAGUUGACACAAAAAUUUGCCAUCCAUCAGAGUUUGAUUUCUAUCUAUGCAGUCAUGCGGGGAUACAGGGGACGAGCCGGCCCACUCAUUAUCAUGUCCUAUAUGACGAUAACAACUUCACAGCAGAUCUACUGCAGCUGCUGACAAAUAGCUUGUGUUACACGUAUGCUAGGUGCACGCGCUCAGUAUCUGUUGUCCCUCCAGCUUACUAUGCGCACCUUGCAGCAUUCCGUGCUCGUUAUUAUGUUGAAAGCAUGCCAAUGUCCGAUAGUGGAUCAACUGGAGUAAAAGAUAUGACCAAGGACAGUAUUGCGAAGGUUGCUUCUCUUCCCCAGAUCAAGGAGAAUGUGAAGCAGGUCAUGUUUUACUGCUAAUCGCAUCAUCCAAAGACCCGAGUUAACUCCUAAUGUCCUAAUUAAAUUUUUGGGGGAUUAUGAAGUUUGAGUUCUGAGUUUGUUUUUGAACUUAUGUGUUAGGGAUCUGAUUUUGGUGGUUUUGCCUGGCAAUGGAAAAAAUUCACACUUUUGUAUAUACGAGCUCUUUCACUGUUUGUGAUGCUCAUAGGUCGUGAAGGCUAAAAAAUGGGUAGUUAAAUAUGUUAAACAUUAUACCUAUAGAAGUUAUCUUUAGUCUUUCCACUAUAUCUGCAUAUUCUGAGGGGUCCUACUUUCAGUUGUUUAUUCACAUUGUUAAGGUUUUUAAUGUGAAAGGAAAUAUCUGUUUUUCCA